AUGGUUCACAAGACCACCAAUCAUGAUGGACUCACAUCAGCAGAGCCUCCUGUCCGUCAUUACAACCAAUAUACUCUCCUUGUGUCCAUCGGCUUAUCGCUUUCGUUUCUGGCCUACGGUUAUACCGGCGCCGUCAUUGGCACCGUGGGUGGCCAGCCAUCUUUCCUACAGUACAUGAACCUCAUUACAGCCAGCAACGCCACUCAGCUGUUUGGUGCCACAAACGGACUGUACUACGCAGGCGGUGUCUUCGGCACCAUCUACGCCUCCUACGCCGCUGACCGUUGGGGCCGGAAAAACGCGUCUGUACAAGCUCAGGUCGGCCUCGUUAUCGCCCAGGCCAUUCAGACAGGUUCGGUUCACAUAGCAAUGUUUAUUGUUGGUCGGUUUAUAGCGGGAUUUGCGUCAGUCUCCUCUCCUGAAACUUUCAUCCUUGUGAGAUGGUUCUCUACCUGUCCCAUCUGGCUAUCUGCAAAAGUGGAUGCAGAGUCUGCUUUGGACAGAAGAGGGCAGAUAUAUGUACAAGAAAUGAAAGCUGACUCUCUUGGUAUCUCGGUCUGCAGUGGAUACAUUACAUUAUGCGUCACGCCCAUGUGGCUGUCCGAACUCGUUCCCCCUCGCCAGCGAGGCACUCUUAUGCAGAUCAUUGCAAUCACGCUUGGGCUGGGAUACGUUGCGGCCAACUGGAUCGGAUACGGCUUCUCUUUCUACACUGGAAAGGUUCUUGCGUUCCGCCCAAUUUUAGCUCUCGGCAUGGUCGUCCCUGUCAUCUGCAUCAUUCUCUUCAUAUGGCUCCCUGAAAGCCCCCGGUGGCUUAUAAUGAAAGAUCGUCAUCCAGAAGCUCAUGCGCUACUACGCCGCCUGCAUCGAUCACCAGUCGAUAAAGACGACUCUUUUGCCGAUGUCGAGUACUAUCAAAUCUCUAGGCAGGCCGCCGUUGACGCCAACCUUGACCUCUCUUGGAAGUCAAUGAUCUCGACCCGCCCGAUGACAUUACGGACGGCGUUUGGAAUUGUGUGGCCAGCAAUGACCGCGACAUCGGGGGUGAAUGUUGUUGUUAACUAUGGUCCGCUCCUGUACAGCCUGCUUGGCUUCUCCUCCGAUAAACAGCUUAUAUAUCAAGGCGGCUGGGCAACAUUGAACUGGGGCGGCAACGUCAUCGGCAUUUUUAUCAUUGAUCGAUUCAAUCGACCGGGAUAUUCAAUCACCGGCUUCGUGGGCGUGACCUGCUGUCUCCUCGUCGAGGCUAUCAUCGUGGCAACUUCGUUAGACAAUGGUACCGACUCAGUGCUACGUUUGGGCGUGGCGUCCAUCUUUCUUUUCGGCGCCUUCUUCGGCUGCUUCAUCGACGGAUUGCUCUUUACGUGGGUGGGAGAGGUGUUUCCUACGCCAUACCGUGCAAAGGGCUACACCAUAGCCCUGGCGACACAGGCUCUGUUCAAUAUUAUAUGGACCGAGGCCGCACCGACGGCUUUCGCUAAUAUCAAGUGGGGUUACUAUAUCGUCUUCAUCGUCCUGAACGCUAUCUCAGUUGUUGUUAUCUGGCUUUUCUUCCCCAACACAAGAGGUCUCGCCUUGGAAGAGGUGGGCGCGAUAUUUGGUGACGGUGAUCGCAUCGCGGUGUAUCAGCGUGAUAUCGACCUGAGCACCCUUCAAACCGAGGUGGCAGUGAUCGACAAGGAGCACGGAUUCACUGGGAAAGAGUUGAGGGUAGAGGCUCAGCACAUCGAGGCGACAGAAGAGAAGACGUCCGGCUAG